AUGCUCGAAAAAGCUCUUGAAGGGACGGCUGCCACCAGCCCCUUCCGCGAAGCAUGGAAGAACUUCCCCAUCGGAUAUCCUCGACUGGCUGAGCGUAUCGCAGUGAAGCCCGAAACCGGAAUAUUCCGCAGGUUCGACGCGCUGAAUGCAAGGAACCUGCUCUAUCUGCAAGCCGAGCUGUGCAUACUGGAGAAAGCGCUGCAGGAGCAGGAGGAGAGAGACAAAAAGGAUAAGAAGGGAAAGCGCUCAGAAUUCGCGACGGACUUUCAGUGCCUGCUAGAGGCGCCUUUGAACGAGGGAAGGAGGCAGCUGGACCUGAUUGAGAAGAUGAGGAAGAAGCUGAAGCAGUACAAUAAGGCGUUGAUCCAGCAUUCCCUUCUCCACAAGAUGACACCCCCGGACCGCUUCGAUCUCCACGAUAUCCAGCUCUUCCUCUGGAGCGACGACAUGGGCCCUGCUGAUAUGGAUGGCGAGGACUCCGUCACAUGGGGUAAUCCGGAAGAGCUAGACAACCACCCACCAGAUCUAGUCGGCAUAAAGCCUCGUAUGAAGCAGGACAUCUUCUCCCGUCUCGUCGCCGAAAAUGCGAUUCACCUCUUUAAGUGCGGUCUCGGGCGCCUGAAGAAAGCGGACCGUCAUCUUGGAAGGCGCGUGUACUACGAUUCGACGGUGCUCAAAGUCACGUUCUGGAUAACGUCGAUUUUGGCAUCGCUCUUGCCCAUUGCGUCGAUCUUGGUGCUCAUAUCGCUGAGAUCGCUCAAGGCACGGCUGGGUGCGAUGGCGGCGUUCAACGUGCUGAUUUCGGUGUGUCUGGGUGUGUUUACCGAUGCGAGGAGAAUCGAUGUGUUCACUGUAACUGCGGUGUGA